AAGAAAGGUCUGAGUUUUGAAGAGAAGAGGGCCCGCAUGAUGGAGAUUUUUUUUGAAACAAAAGAUGUUUUCCAGUUGAAGGAUCUAGAGAAGAUUGCUCCAAAAGAAAAAGGGAUUACCUCAAUGUCAGUGAAAGAGAUUCUGCAAAGCCUCGUUGAUGAUGGCAUGGUGGACACUGAUAGAAUUGGAACUUCCAAUUACUUCUGGGCUUUUCCAAGUAAAGCUCUUCAUGCCAGGAAGCGUAAAUUGGAGGAGUUAGAGUCUCAGUUUGCUGAAAGCAGUCAGAAAAAAGAGGCUUUACAAAAAAGCAUUGAGAAAUCAAAAAUUGGACGUGAAGAUACUGUGGAUCGUGCAGCUCUGCUGAAAGAACUUGCUGCCCUUCGGCAGAAAAAAGACCAGCUAAAGACAGAAAUAGACAAAUACAGGGAAUGUGAUCCAGAUGUGGUUGAAGAGAUGCGCCAAACAAACCAAGUGGCCAAGGAGGCAGCCAACAGAUGGACUGAUAACAUCUUUUCAAUAAAGUCCUGGGCCAAGCGUAAAUUUGGAUUUGAAGAGAGCAGAAUAGAUAAAGGUUUUGGAAUCCCAGAAGAUUUGGAUUACAUUGAUUAGUGUUCAGUUGAUGGCUGACACAGUUGUGCAUAGUUUGUUACAUAUUCAUAGCUGCCAUUAAAAUGUGAAUCCUUUCCAAACAGGUGACCAUCCUUUAAUUUGCUGGUUUUGUUAAGGUUAAUAAAAUACUAAAAAUAUU